AUGGUCUCGCAGCUAUUUAUGCGCCGGAAGGCGGUUAUCAAGCCUCCUGAAAAGAUGAAAAUACUCGCGCCAUUUGGCCGCAACAUAUCUAUGGCUGAGGGUGACCUCUGGAAGUUCCAUCUAGGCAUCACGUUGCCACCACUGGCGGCAGAGUCAGUAGCGCGGUUGGUGUGGGAAGAGACUUCGCGGCAGGUCGAUAUGACAACGGCGAUAUGGGAGCCAGAGAGCAGCAACAAGAAGCGCAUUUAUUCCUUGACCAUGAACACCAUGUUAUUAGUCGGGUUUGGGCAUCAAGCACAAGGAGCCAGUGAAAACCAGUCCAGUAACCUCUCUGGAGCCCAUCAAUACUCACUAGUCGAUGCCAUGACCAACGUUACCAUAUAUCUACCCCAUAUCCUACUCCUACCGCGCUGGCUACUGCGUUGGUCUCCGUGGCCUAUCGCAUAUCAGUGCGCCAACGAGGUCGACAGCUACAUUGAUGAACUAGUAGCCGAAGCACAAGAAAAGCUGCUGGUAGACAGUACCGAGGCGCAACGCGAGACUCUAAUCACUGCCAUCUUGCGCUCGAAUAUGGCCGCCAAAAAUGAUAAGAAACAUAUCGAGUCGAUCGGUCGUUCCACCUUAACAAACGAGGAGAUUAGGGGUAAUGCCUAUAUUUUCCUCAUUGCUGGUUAUGACACAACAGCAAACACGACUUUGUUCACUAUGCUUGUACUGAUUGCCCACAAGGAUCUUCAAGAAUGUUUGAUCGAGGAGAUCGACGCCGUCUAUGCCCAAGCCGCAAAGGAAGGCCGUUCAAAUCUGUCGCAUGCCGAGGACUUCCCACGGUUCCGGUAUCUUGUUGCCUUCAUGUACGAGGUAAUGCGCAUCUUCCCAAUCGUACCAACAUUGGCGCGGGUCGCCUUUGAACCCCAGCAAUUAUCAAACUACGCUCUUCCUGGAAAGACGAGCUAUAUUACUAACACGCCCGCCAUCCAUUACGAUCCCUCCGUGUGGCCAAGGCCGGAGAUCAUCGAACCCCGACGAUGGCUUGUGGCAGAUCCGCACUCGUUCGACCCAUGCAAGCCGCUAACAGCGGCGCAGGAAACUGAGAUCCGCAGUGGUACCACCGCCAUUCCAGGGAACCGAAAGGGUACUUUCCUAACGUUUGGAGAGGGUCCGCGUGCAUGUCUUGGCCGUAGCUUUGCGCGUGUCGAAUAUGUUUCUCUCAUCUCGCGAUUACUCCACCGCCACAGGCUUGAGAUCGCGGACAGCGAUGGCAGUAAAGCCACGCGCGCACUCAGGACAGCUCUUCUUCGCAGUGGUGGUUCGCCCGUUACGCUCACGCCGCCUGAAGAUAUACCAGUGAGGCUUAUCCCACGGGGGUGA